CUGAAUUUGAAACUGAUGACGAAACUGAUGUAGUUGAAGAUGAAGCUGAUGAUGAAACAGAUGAAGAUGAUGACGAAACUGAAGAAGAUGAAUAUGAAGCUGAUGAUGAAACAGACGAAGAUGAAGAACCGAGGAGAUUAGAUAGAGAGCUAGAGUUGAGUAUGGCGGCAUUCAAUAGACUGGUGAGAGAGGAGGCAGGGCCUGGGGUAAGAUUUCAGUCCGGUGCCAUUAUAGAAUUGCAAAAGGUAUGGUUUCUUUUUCAACAAAAGGAUUGA